CAUGGCGGCGUACGUGCUGAACACAAACACCGCACACUUUUACCCACGAAGAUAAGCAAUCGGAUAAUGACAAACUAUUCAAUUUGCGUUUAAAUGGUCAAGUCAAAUGAUGAACAAGAAAACUGACGGCGAAAUAUGCCAAACCCAAGAAAGCACGACCAUAACACUGGCUCAAAUGAAAUCUGGAGUCAUGGUUCCACAUGUUCACAAAAAAGGCUGAGAACAAACAAAUCGGGUAAAAGUCAGAAACUGACACCCCAAUCUUCCCCUUCUGUCAGGAAGUCACCACAUACUCGUUCUAAAGAUCUGGAGACCCCCAAACGACGAGCGAGGGGCAGAUACACGGGUUUAAACAACACGGCUGAUUCCCCCGGGGAUGGAGAUAUUUUACAAGACAUCAUAUGGGACCCGGCAUCACCUCCUCCUGCUGGAAGUGGCGAAGGGCCCGGCAACACCAGAGUUGUUGAGAUAUCAGACAUUGUCAAUCGGAUCGCCCCUAAGGAUGCCCAGCAUGUCUCUGUGGAUAGUCCUCUGCUCCAGUGGAUUGGGGACAGUGCUGUCCCAUGUACCCCAGAGGUACGCCCGCCCAAAGCAAGGAAGAAAUCCACUCGGAAAAGCUCAGUGGAGGACUUGAUGCAGCUGGCCAGGCAGUUUGACAUCAACAUGCACCAGCAGGACCGAGAGAAGAGGAGCGCUGAACACCCAAACAAUACCAUAAACAACAACCGCUACGGGGAGGAACCCAAGGGCCCGACAAUGUCGUCAUCAGCCCAGAAGGUAGAGGCGGAGCUUAACGCUCUGUUCGACGGGCCGACGCAGCGGGUCACCGGACGGCUCAGCCAAGGGUCGACCGCCUCCACCUGUUCUCAGGAGGUCAAGGUUCAAGUUGGGGUCAGCCAUCUCACUGCCGAUGACCUCGUCAAAGAGUCGGAGGUCAAGCCUGGCGGGGGAAGCACGUCUGGUUCAUCGGCUCGUACUGGUAAAGAGGAAAAAGGACAGUGGAACGCCACGACGACUGUGGCGAAAGACGAGGACUUUGACUGGGAGGAUGAUGACCUUCUCAGUGACCCUAUCGUGUUGGAGAUGACCCAGAAUCCUGACGGGCUGAAAACGCUGUCCCCCAAACCCAGCAGCUCAAGCACACACCUUCAACCCUCAAACAGAGGUGGCCUCACUGGGCCAUGUCCUAAACCCAAACCCAACAGCAGAAGCACUUUCCUGCUGGAGCCCAACCUUUGUUUCCAGGUGAAUAUGGCCCCGACAACCAAAGAAGCACUCAGACCGUUCCUCACCGUUGGAGCGGCCCAGCCUGAGAGACCCAGGCCCGGCGUGUCUGCGUCUGUGGGGAGUAGGGGCCCCAGUAGAGACUCUGCAGAAGGGAAGGCUGAUGGGGUGAGCACAGCCACAACUCCAACCUCACGUGGAACCACAGCCCCAGACUCCCCUUUCAAAGACCUCUCAGAGGAGGACCUCCAGUCUCUGUUUGACUCUGAGUCGCUUUGGAACGACGACGAAGGUGACGAUGACGAACUGCUGUAUCAGGUGUGUGACGACGUGGAGAGGAUCUCCAACAGUCAGCCCCUGUCCGAGGAUGCCUCCGUAACCACGGAUACCACUGAGGUCCGCUUCCAAGAGAGCAAACCGAAAGCUCCUCCAUCCGCCCCUCUGGCUGCAACGAGAGAGGGGACUGUGACUAUGGAUAGGGCUGUAGGUGGUUCUAGCAGUAAACAGCCAACCACCUGCACGUCUGGCCGCUCCAACUCAGUGAGAGAGGGGACUGUGACUAUGGAUAGGGCUGUAGGUGGUCCUGGCAGUAAACAGCCAACCACCUGCACGUCUGGCCGCUCCAACUCAGCACCAGGAGAUGGGAGCAGCACCCCUGUGCACUUUCAGAGAUGGAACAUUCCAGCGAAAGCAGGAAAUGUUUGGGUCGGACAUCAUACAGUCACGUCCCAGAGCCAUCCAGGCAGCGGGGAGGGUCUGGGCAAGUUUACCCAGCUGAAGGGUGCUCCAGGCUGGGGAACAUUUGGCCUAGGAUCCCUUGGAGUUAGAACCUUCCAAGCGGAGAACUCAAAGUCGGUCAUGCCACGGACAGUGUCGGCGAGAACCCUCCCAAACUCAAAUUCCCAUCAUGCGUCAUCGUUCAAGAGACAUCUGUCGGACUCGGCCGCCGUCGGCAACAAAGUGUUUGUCAACAGUCAGCUGACGGGGAGAUGCACGGAGGAGGAGAUUGAGAGGAAGAAGCAGGAGGCCAUAGCCAGAAGAAGGACCAGAGAAACCUCCCUCAAAGCAGGGGCACUUCCUCUGUGACUCAACAACGGGACACUAGAUGAAUACACAGUAAACCAGAAUACCUGUAGAAUAGCUAUAGCAUAGGCUAGGUAGGUACCAUAAACAUUUAUCACGGUUUCUUCACAGAACACUGUCGGUGCUACUAGAACGGUUUUGCGUUACACACACACACACACACACACACACACACACACACACACACACACACACACACUUGAGAGCUGCUGCACUUUUUUAGUUGCUAAUAUUCUCACUGUUGUUCUUUCUGAAGGUCACUGAGAAGUUGAGUAGAAUAUAUACAACAGCAACACUGUAUCAGGAGUCACAGCAACCGGUUGGCUUGUAAAUGCCUUUACAGCACCUCAAAGGGAGAUUUGUGUCACUUGUUGUUGUUGUUGUUUACACGUCUGUUGACAUUCCAAGUAGAUAAUGAGUCGUCUUGAUGAGCAAUGUGGAGAUCUAAUUCUACUGUCGUCCAAUAGUAUCUCUCAGAUAAACUGUAGGUCCACAACUCACCUUGUUGCUGCAACAUUAUAGUACAUUAUCUUUACACUGCACGUGGUAUAUUAGUAGCUUGUGUUUUGCACCUCACCCAGAAAUGAGAAUAACUCCAACACUAUCUGCAGGUUUCCGUCCAAACUUUUUAUGUGAGUCGGGGAAAGAAAAUGUCACCACAGACCUGAUGGAAACGGCAAAUUUGUCAGUGAACUUGUCCAAAUGUCGACAAAACAAUAUACGCUAGACAAGAUGGGAUAUGAGAUGGGUGGUAAAAGUCUAAAGUGAUGAUGCUCCUUACCAUUCAAUAUCAAGGGCUUUAUUCUGGUGACAUGAUGAUGCUCCUUACCAUUCAUUAUCAAGGGCUUUAUUCUGGUGACAUGAUGAUGCUCCUUACCAUUCAUUAUCAAGGGCUUUAUUCUGGUGACAUGAUGAUGCUCCUUACCAUUCAUUAUCAAGGGCUUUAUUCUGGUGACAUGAUGAUGCUCCUUAUCAUUCAUUAUCAAGGGCUUUAUUCUGGUGACAUGAUGAUGCUCCUUACCAUUCAUUAUCAAGGGCUUUAUUCUAGUGACAUGAUGAUGCUCCUUACCAUUCAUUAUCAAGGGCUUUAUUCUGGUGACAUGAUGAUGCUCCUUACCAUUCAUUAUCAAGGGCUUUAUUCUGGUGACAUGAUGAUGCUCCUUACCAUUCAUUAUCAAGGGCUUUAUUCUGGUGACAUGAUGAUGCUCCUUACCAUUCAUUAUCAAGGGCUUUAUUCUAGUGACAUGAUGAUGCUCCUUACCAUUCAUUAUCAAGGGCUUUAUUCUAGUGACAUGAUGAUGCUCCUUACCAUUCAAUAUCAAGGGCUUUAUUCUGGUGACAUGAUGAUGCUCCUUACCAUUCAAUAUCAAGGGCUUUAUUCUGGUGACAUGAUGAUGCUCCUUACCAUUCAUUAUCAAGGGCUUUAUUCUGGUGACAUGAUGAUGCUCCUUACCAUUCAUUAUCAAGGGCUUUAUUCUGGUGACAUGA